CACGCAGGUAUCCUGGCUCGGCAAUCUGCUAGCCACUCCUGAUUGCGUUCGGCGCUCGCCACUUUGCCCUUGCGCCUGCGUAGUACGGCUCUUGCCCGUCGCCGCGGUCGGAUCGGGAAGUGUCAAGCGGGAGCUGGUUACCCCGCCUUCGCCGCUACCACCGCUGACCCCAGACCCCUUAGCCAGGCCCGGGCCCAGCCGCCAUGACGAACGUGUACUCCUUGGAUGGGAUUCUGGUGUUUGGUUUGCUCUUUGUUUGCACCUGUGCCUACUUCAAGAAAGUUCCUCGUCUCAAAACCUGGCUGCUAUCAGAGAAGAAGGGAGUUUGGGGUGUGUUUUACAAAGCCGCUGUGAUUGGAACCAGGCUGCAUGCUGCUGUGGCAAUUUCCUGCGUUGUAAUGGCUUUUUACGUCCUGUUUAUAAAAUGAGUUCCAAAGCAUCCAUCUCACCAACUGCCAACCAAGGGGACAAGGGUGAGGAACCUGUCGGGGGCCUGGGCCCAGCGUAGGAGAGUUCAGCUAAAAUCAUCCAAGUCCCCAGGAUGACACCACAGCGUCUGCCCCUACCAUAUGUGGGGAAAACUCUUCACGGUUACAAACAUUAUUUAUGCUUCAGGGGACUCCAGAAAGGCAACUUCCUUUGAUCUGUGUGUAAAUCAGUCCUCGGCAGAGAGCAUAUAAUGUCCAGAUAAAUUACACCCCUCGGUGAUAAGAUUACAUACCUCCUGCUUAAAAACCUGUCAUCUAUUUUGUUCUUCAGCUCCUCAUCAGGAUCUUUUCAAACUGAAGCUCAUUAGGGAAGGAUAUGGGCUAUGUUCAAACCUCGUGGAAGGAGAAAUAAUUUUCAAGACUUGACUUUUUUUUCACUCUGAUUUGGAUUUGGCAAAUUGGGGGAGGGACUGGGUGGGAAACAGGAGUUAUAUAUGCCAAGAAAUGUUUUGGCUUUGGAAAUGUAUCUUUCACGUACCCAUCUGGCAUGGUCCCCGUUGCAAAAAGAGAACAGAUGAAAUAGCUGUGCUAUGUGCUGGUAGCUCAAGCGUUUUGCCAAGAGAAUCUGGGCGUACAUAAGGUUUGGGGAUUAUCUGUCUGUGAUGAGACCAGAGAGCAGUAACUUAGACCAGAAAAUAUGUUCUAUUCACCAGUAUCCCCGAAAGGAGACUUCACCCCAUCAAAUGGUAUACGGAAAAUGAAUCCACUGUUGCUAUUUUCCUAAUGCCUUUUAUAUUUUCUAAAUUACUGAGUGCUAUAUACCGUUACUCAGUUUUAAAUGCCACCAUUAUGGGAAAGAGAAACUAUUGAAGAAAUAAUUGUUUAAUAUAUUUGCAGUUAGGGUAGAAGAAAUAAAUAAAUCUAGUAUGUUCAUAUACUAGUAAAGUCAUUUAGUAUAAGAAUUUAUUGUGAUGUUAGAUGGAAGUUUUGUCAUGUUAUCCAAGAUACAAACGUAUUCUUUGUUUAAAUCUGGGUUAUUAUGGCAAUUUUUAGUUAAUUACUUGUUUUUCUUGGCCAACUCUUAAUUUUCUUCAUAUUGCAGUACUCUUUAGCUGUCUCUUGGAAAUUCUGUGUAUUAUAAGAACAUGAGAAAUUCAAAUUUUGGACUGUUUGGACAGUUCAUAGAAUCCAUGAAUAAAAUGGUGUUUUCUAAAGUAAAGGGCAGCAGGUUUGCAAUUGAGAUUGGUGGGCUUUUCCAUGGAGUAUGGUAACUCCUGAGCAAUCAUUUUAGAUGACGCAACAUUUGAAGGGAAGAGUUCUCCAUUCCCUCCUCCUCAUAUCUGCAGAAGGAUCAACUAUUGCAUUUAUGAAGCCUAGAACUUCUCUAUUUAAAAAAAAAAGAGUUGGUCUAAAAUUAAAUUGUUGUGAAAAGCAAGCAUAGACAUAGGUCUACCAGUUGAAUUGUCCAUUAAAGUAAAAACUUGACCGUGGACAAGGUAGCUGUGGUUGACCCGUGUGGCAAUAAAUUGUCUUUUGUCUUACUCCAAAAGAACAAAAGCUGCUAGGAAGUUUAGGUUCUGAAAUAUGCAGUGUAGUGCUUUGAGGGUUUUUAGAAGUAUAGAAAGUCACCAGGUAAACACUACUUGUCUAAUCAUCUCAGAGUUGUGGCUAUCUCUUCAGGAAUUGGUCCACAGGGUAAACUUCAAUGAUUCAUAUGUUUUCCAUUGUCAUUUCUGAGGAUCCUUCACAUGAGAGAAAGGAAAUCUAGUGGAAUGGGAAAGAAGAGUUCCGCUUGUGGGUGUGAGUUUGGGACCUGUUGGCCAGCGGGAAUGUCCCUCCCUGGAAAUACAAGUUCAGCAUGUUUUGCACUUGUUAUUUUGUAGCUUUAAUGACUUUUGUUUUCUAAUAGGGCUAAUGUCUCUAAGCUUGGUACUUAGAGCUGUUUCAUAUUUUACACUAGUUCCAUUUCACAGUUCUAGUUGUUCAAACCAAUUUUUAUAGCCUCCUGGGUGGGUCAUCUUAACUUAAACUUGUGAAUUGUUAUAUUUUGAGAUGUUUUCAUACCAGAAUGUACCAAAAAGUGCACAGAGUGAAGGUAAUUUACGGCACGGCAAGAAACAAAUACACAGCUUAUUUCAUUUCUUGACUUGAUGUAAGCAGAUGAGGAGAAACGUGUUUAACUCAUUACUUUGGUUGAUGUGUCAUAUAUUUUUGACUGAAAAUUGCAGGAAGUUGUUCCUCCAAGGUAGUCUUUUAGGAGUAGAAGAAUGGGGAUAGCAAUAUUUCUUCUGAUUCAAACUGGUAUCACCAUAAACCCCUAUAUGCCAGGGUGGAAUGAAGUCAGCUUUUUAUAGUUGAAAUACAAUUUUUUAUUCACCAUUGUCUGCACAAAUCCUUGAAAAUAAAAUUUCUUUCCCUAC